AUGGCAGAUCGCGAUGUCAGCAGCACCCACGGCCACGGCGGCCACCCGGUGGGCGAACAGGUGAAGGGCAUGCUCCACGACAAGGCUCCCACGGCGUCGCAGGCCCUGACGGUGGCGACGCUGUUCCCGCUGGGCGGGCUGCUGCUGGUGCUGUCCGGGCUGGCGCUGGCGGGCUCCGUGGUGGGUCUGGCCGUGGCCACGCCCGUGUUCCUGCUCUUCAGUCCGGUCCUGGUCCCGGCCGCGCUGCUCAUCGGGAUGGCCGUGACGGGGUUCCUCACAUCAGGCGCGCUGGGGCUCGGCGGCCUCUCCUCGCUCACGGUGCUGGCCAACACGGCUCGGCAGGCGUUCCAGCGUACGCCCGACUACGUGGAGGAGGCGCGCCGGCGGAUGGCGGAGGCCGCGGCGCACGCGGGCCACAAGACGGCCCAGGCGGGAAGCGCCAUCCAGAGCAGGGCGCAGGAGGCCAGCGCGGGAGGAGGCGGCGGCGGCGGCGGCGGAGGGAGGGCGUCUUCGUAA